AUGUCAUCCAAGACCAAUGGCUUCGCCCAAGGAACCGUCCUUAAGGUCGCGUACUCUAUGCUCGGAGUCACGAGCUGUGUGGUACUUGCUCGGGCUGGUCUCAACGUGGUAAGGCCAAAACGACUGACAGCCUCGGACAUCCUCGUCUUCUUUGCGUUCGCCUGUUACGCGACCAUGUGCGCUCUCUACAUAACCUUGUCGCCGUAUAUGCAACGGCUUUACGACGUCGUCAAUGGAAAGCUGCCGCCCUACCCUGAAAUGGAGCAGGAGAACAUCAAGAUGACUAAAAUGAUAUUUGCGGCUCCAUGCAUGUUUUGGAUGACCUUGUGGUUAGUCAAACUGUCGCUGCUUUUAUUGUACCGGAGACUGCUGGUUGGGCUGCCCAGAGGCUAUACCAUUGUUUGGUGGGGCACUGCUGUGAUCUGUCUUGUGACCUAUAUCGGUAACUACGUUUUCUACUUCAGAUCGUGCGGCAGCAUAUCAGGUUUUUGGACAGGAGGAUGCAGUGGCGAUGCUGCAGAGCAGGCGCAGCUAACCAGUUUGUUCUAUUCUUUCACAGCAGACACAACUACGAACCUCACGAUCAUGGCCCUGCCUAUAAGGCUCACCUGGAAUCUCCAAAUGCCUCGUAGCAAGAAGAAUGCUAUCCUCCUCUUGUUUGCAACCGGGUUCAUCUGCAUCUUCUUCGCCUGCCUUCGAGUAUCACAGGUCGCUAUCAACGCAGCCAAGCCUGAGGCCAAAGGCCAGCCUCUGGAUCCUACAUGGCUCGCUAUUUGGGGCAUAGUUGAGUGCUCUAUCGCUGUCAUCAUUGGCUGUUGCCCCGCCUUUGCAGUACUCGUGAACGCAUUUCGGGCAAGAGCUACAUACGAUUCGCAGGGGUAUCGAAAACAUACUGGGACUGGGACUGGGCAGGGUAGAGGCAGCAAGGUGCAACUCAGGACAAUCGGCAGCAUGGGGACACGAGAGCGUAAUCGCCGGUUGGGUUUGGAUACUACAGACUCGCAUUGGGCUGAUGCACACAACAGCCAGGAGCAGCUGAGUGCGACUCAUGACGGCAUACUCGUCUCGACCACUGUUACGCAGAAGCAGGGCGCAACAGUUGCAGUUGAGCAUCGGUAG